GAAUACACGUACAGAGCUCAACAUACUUAUCUAGAAACGCCGGAGCAACGCAUUCCGCCCUGAACAAACAGCGUCUAGACCCGUAAUGCGUGGUUUGAGAUAGCUAAAGUCUACGCAUGCGCGUUCACCAAUGAUGCAUGAUUAGAUGUGGGCUAUCUUAUACAAGGCGUCGUCGGUAUAGACGUCGCCAGUGCAGUUCAGAAUGCGCCAUUCGAGCUUUCUAAAAAAACGUGUUGAGUUCUGUACGAUUAAGAUCUGGGGAAAGACAAAAAAGGUGCGGUCUGGUUUUUCGUUCGGACUUCUUUUUUCACGAGCAGCGCAAGGGCGCUUCAUUCAAAGGCUGCCGACGACCACGCCAUGGGCCACAGGAAACGCAUCAGGGAGGAAGAACCGAGUUUCGAUGACAUCGACUUCCCGGGAGUGAGCCUGAACAUUCCUUGCAGCGCUCGAGGCGGUGGCGACGACGACGGUCGCAGCAUUCCGACGUCCUUCUGUCACAUCCUCAAUCGUCUCUUCCACUGGAACCGCUUGCUAUGGCACGUCGGCUUGCAGUUGCGAGAACUACGUGGUCCCGGCAAGUUGUCCCUGGUGCGCUUGGCCCACUGGGGCAGCGGCGGCUGCAGGCAGCAAGAGCGCAGCCACAUCGCGCGGGUUCUCUUCCACGUCCUCCUGGUUCGGCACAGCUGCGUCGAGAGCCUGUACCUCGACGACGUCCUCAUCGAAGGCAGUGGACUCGGCGAGUACCGGGAGCGCGUCGUCUCGGCGCUUCGGGAAAACACGAGCCUACGGACGUUGUUUCUCGGCAGUCUGUUCGACGACUACAGGAGCAUUCGAGGGGACAUGUUCAGAGCCAUCUCCACGAUGACCAACCUUCGAGAGCUGGUCCUCCUCGGCUGCGGCGCGGCCUCCAUGGUCCUGCUGGAUGCGAUUUGUGUGCUUCUCGUGGACACCAUGUGCCUGAUCACUCUGUCGAUGCCGCAACUCGUUUUCGACGAGGAAAGCGGGCGGCUCCUGAUUAGCGCGCUCCGCCGCAACGACACCGUCGAGAAUCUAUCCCUACACGGCAGCGUCGUGCAUUCGUACCUGUCCAGCGGGCUUUCCCGUUUCUCCCGCUUUCUUGGCAACAGCCUGCUGCCGACCUCUCUCAGUGUGGAAGGGGAGCGUUCGGAUGCCGAAAGCACGUACGCGGAUCUCCACAGCAUCAUCGCGCCGCUCGUCUUCCGCGGUAAGCUCCAGAAGCUCCGCCUCUCGGGCUACCUGCUAAGUGCCAAGUGCGCGGCCCUGUUCGCUACCCUCGUGUCUAGGUCAGAUGGGCGUCUUGAAAGCCUCGACAUUAGCGGCUGCCGGUGGAGAACCAAGCCUUCGCCUGAAGGCCGAGGCGACUGUCGACCUAAUGAAAGCGACCAGUUGGGUGACCCCGCCUUCACGCAGUCAACCUGUUCCUGGCUUCAGGAGUUCGACCACACCGCUCGUGUGGAACUGUCCUUCUUCGCCCUCAGCUUCGGGGGACUGAGACCGCAGAACCUGCGGGCUCUGUUCAACACCGCCGUCACCGUCGAUUCCCUCCAAGUCAUCUCGCUGAGAGACGUGUCGCGGCAGAAUCUGAGCCAGGUUUGCCGAGUAAUCCGGGAGACCGGAAUGAGCGAUCGAGUGCGCCUAGAAGACGCCCACCUCGUCCAAUAUUCGGUGCUAGUCGAGCUUCGAGAGUUUCCCGAAGCGCUGCGCAAGGUGGCGAUCAGCAGCGUCGGCUGCGUGAGUCCGAAGGCCUUCGUAGACACGGUCCACCUGGCGUGUGCCUGGUACCACUUGAUUGCGUUCAGGCUCCUUUUGAAUCAGGACGUGCUGUCUGACGUCCACACGAUUCACAAGCUGAGCAAGUGCUUGAGAGGAGCAGUCUCGCUAAGGGAGCUAGUUCUCGUCGGUCACAACCAGCCGGAUCUGGAGCGUACCCUUCGACCGGGAAGUAAUCCCCACUGCGUCCUCCUUGAUGCGAUCUUCGCUAACGAAGGCAUUCAAGAGCUGCGCUUGAAUGGUCUUCGCCUGGGUCAGGCCAACUUGUGGUUCUUGGCCGAGAAACUUGUCACCAGCGACAGGCUGUACGCGUUCUUCUUCGCCUCUUGGGACCUGGCCGAAAACGACGCGUUCGUUCAGCUCCUCGCCGCGGACAUCCGAGAAAACGACUUCAUCGUCGACCUGCGUGUCGCAGAGUCCGCGAACGGCGCCAGAGAGCAUGAGAGGUUCAUCAUCGAUGAUGUCAUCGGCCGCAACGUGGGAUACGUGACGUGCGCUGCGCACCAUGUCGUCCACGGAGAGGUCUUGCCGCGCUGCGUGGCUGCCCACGGGGUCGUCUCCGAAAGUCCUUUUCUGAAGAAGAUAGUUCAGCAGCUCAGGAAAGAGCUGAAAGAGACGUGCGCCAUUGAAAGCAUUUUGGAAUAGUAGUACAGCUGCCAACGCAGUUGUCUCGAACGCUGGAAUGGCACGCUCCGGCGUCAUGUAUACCAAUAACAAGUAGUUUGAUUUAGCCCGCACUUUAGUAUUUAUCCUUAGCGGCCAUGCAUGCUAUACGUAGGGCCCUUUUUGAACUAGAUGUAAUCGGCAAACGCCGUUAGUGCUGUCUGGAGCGCACCGUUCUAGUGUUCUAGACAAGUUUUUUGACCUCUGUACUCGCUGUCGGGCUGGUUGGUGCAUGUUCCGUAUCAAUAGUAAACUUGGCGCCAAAAACACGACCACUCUGAAGCACGAAGCAACACAGACAACACAGGCGCUCUUCCUGUC